CCGGACGCCGUCGCAUCUAGAGCUUGUUCGAUGUUCCUCGGGUUCCCUGCAGCGUCGCAUCUAGAGCUUGUUCGAUGUUCCUCGGGUUCCCUGUAGCGGCACGUAAACGACACGGACACGGACUGUGCCCCUCAAGGGUUGGACAAACAUUCUGCUGGCCAAGGGAAUCGCGCUUGCACAAUAAGUUGCUGGGGAUCCCUAUUGCUGCUCAUCAUCCGAAGAUAAGGACAGACGAGCACCAGUCUGCGAUAUCUUCUGCUGCUCAACUGGUAGCAGCGCUUGAAUUCUUCGCUCAUCAUGAAGUGCGCUUCGGCUGUCGCAGCUUGCUUGAUCUUCGUCGCUCACGUUGCGGGCCUACCCUCUAAAAACAUUUCUCCCCGAUUCGCAACCGACGGCUCCCCUCGAUUCGAAUGCUAUGAGAUCACUUGUAACCCGAUGGGAGAUGGCGACACGCAAUGCAUCGAAUGGGAAUUUUGUGGUGGUGGCUGCUCCAAUACCUCCUCCACGUGUUUGGACUGAAGAAUGAGGAGCGUGUCAUCCGUAAAGAGGGCAUCAUGGUCACGCGUCAAAUCGAAAUCGGUACACGCCGUUUCCACCAACACCGAGGCGACUUCCCUCUACGAACCAAUCCACGCCAUCAAGAGCUCGGCAUUCCAGGCGCAUACCAGAACCCACGCACACACAGCAGGGAGCAGUGAUGUCUUUGACACGCCUGUCAGACUAUUGAAGAAAGAGACCAGGUCGUUGUUAUUGCACGAGAGAUUCGUACAUACAUCCUAUGGAAUAUCGACAGGGAUAUCAAUGAAAUCAGUCUGUGAAAGUUUAGAGGCUGGGCACAGUACCCAUUGAAUGCAUAUUCGAAACGUGAGUAUCACGUUUGAACCAACCCAAGAUGGAGAUUUUGACGAGUCUACACAUCUCACUGCAUGAGCCAGACAGGCUCCUCUAGAUGGGCAGAGGCUGUCGACCCGGAUUGCAUGCCCAGGCGACAACCAAACAGGUGCAAUGACGCGCCGCAAAGGUACACGCGUGGAAUCGCCACGCGUCCGUCGGAGUGAAUCGAUCUUGCAUUGGUCGUGAAAUGCUGCCGAGAACUAAAGAACUACCUCACAUCUAGAGUCUACUUACGACCUAUUCAAACCCAAACUUCGAUGCUCGCAACGAUUUCAACGAGACGUCUGCUC